AUGCUGCUCUUGAAGGAGCCCCUACCCCCACCACAGCCCCCACUCCCCUGGAUCGUCCCGAGCCUGUUUGCCGCCUUCAAUGUAAUGCUGCUGCUUCUCCUCAGCGGCCUCUUCUUCGCAUUCCCUUGCAGGUGUCUGGUGCAGGAUGGCCAGUGGACCUUUCCCAUCUUCACGGGCUUCCUCUUUGUCCUCACUUUCUUCAGUCUGGUUUCACUCAACUUCUCAGACCCUGGCAUCUUGCAUCGAGGCUCUGACGAUCAGGGCCCCUUGAUGGUGCAUGUGGUAUGGGUGAACCAACGAGCCUUCCGCCUUCAGUGGUGCAGAAAGUGCUGCUUCCACCGCCCGCCCCGAACCUACCACUGCCCCUGGUGCAAUGUCUGUGUGGAGGACUUUGACCACCAUUGCAAGUGGGUCAAUAAUUGCAUCGGUCACCGCAACUUCCGCCUCUUCAUGCUCCUCCUGCUGUCCCUCUGCCUCUACUCGGGUGCUGUGCUGGUCACCUGCCUAGUCUACCUGGUGCACACGACCCACCUGCCCUUCUCCAUGGACAAGGCUGUCGCCAUCGUGGUGGCCGUUCCGGCCACGGGCUUCCUGGUGCCGCUGCUGCUGCUGCUGCUGAUCCAGGCGCUGUCGGUGAGCGCCGCCGAGCGCUCCUACGAGGGCAAGAGCCGCUACCUGCAGGGAUACAACCCCUUCGACCAGGGCUGCGCCAGCAACUGGUAUUUAACCAUCUGUGCUCCACUGGGACCCAAGUACAUGGCCAAAGCAGUCUGGUUGCAGAGAGUGGUGGGACACGACUGGGGGCCUCUGCAGAACCUGCACUCCUCGAUGGGCCCCUCUGAUCCCCCACCCCCGGCCUUCCCUGGGCCAGAGCCCAGCCCCCAGCCCCAAACUCUGAGUCUCUACAAAUCAGGCAAAGGGCCCCCAGGGAGUGGAGAGACAUCUGCUUUCCGAGAGCUCCAGGCCCGCCCAUUGUUGCCCCUGCAGCAGGAGGUCCCCAGGCUCAGCUCGGCCUGCCCCUACGUGUUUCACACCCAGGGACUGGAGGUUAGUCAAGGUUACGUCCAGGGCUCCCAGUACCAGCGCAGCACCGGCAGCAUCCGCGGGGCCCGGCGCCGAGGCGGAAGCUAA